ACCACGCAUGUGUUGAUCCGUGCUGCAGCAACGUGCAUCAGUUCCUCUCUGACCCCAGUGUUAAUCUGCAUUCAGACUGAGGCUCCACUGUUUUUUUCUUUUUUUUCAGCGGCUCGAUAUUAGUGUAGCAUAUUACGGGGAGCUUCGCCGUCUGUGGCAGUUUUUUAGGGCCCUGCUAGACUGACGAUUCGGCAACAGACACGUAAAAAAAAGAAAGAAAGAUAGAAAGAGAAAAAAAAAAAAAAAAAAAAAACAAGCGACGCGAAAUCAAGCUUUCGACUCGCAUCGAUUCUGUUUUGGCUGAUUUCACUCCACCGCACGUCCGCCUGGGGUCUAGAUUUGCAGACCCGCUACUGCUAACGUGCGUAAUGUAUCGUAGAGAGGAAACACAGUAAAUAGACGGACACGUCCAUCUGCAAUAAAGAGGAAACGAAGAUGGUGAUGAUGGCUCCACCAAAUUUAGCCUCCAAAUGCUCGACAGCAAUGGCGAAGCCUUCCCUCCCCCUGAAGCUGUUUCUCUGGGUGUUUAUUGUCGUCAAUCUCCCUUCAAGCUCCUUCCAGACUGAUGACGAUGAUGAGGUGUCUAACAAGACGUGGGUGCUGACUCCCAAAGUGUAUGAGAGUGACGUCACACACAUCCUAAACAGCCUACUAGACGGAUAUGACAACAAACUCAGACCUGACAUCGGAGUCAAACCAACAGUGAUCCACACAGACAUGUUUGUCAACAGCAUCGGUCCAGUAAAUGCCAUCAAUAUGGAAUACACCAUCGACAUCUUUUUCGCUCAGACUUGGUACGACAGGAGGUUAAAAUUCAACAGCACAAUGAAGGUCCUGCGUCUUAACAGCAACAUGGUUGGAAAGAUCUGGAUUCCCGACACUUUUUUCCGCAAUUCCAAGAAGGCCGACGCCCACUGGAUCACCACGCCCAAUCGCAUGCUUCGAAUCUGGAAUGAUGGCCGGAUACUCUACACCCUCAGGCUGACCAUCGAUGCCGAGUGCCAGCUUAAACUGAACAACUUCCCAAUGGAUGAGCACUCAUGUCCCCUGGAGUUUUCAAGCUAUGGCUACCCCAGGGAGGAGAUUGUGUACAAGUGGAAGAGGAGCUCAGUGGAGGUUGGGGACAUUCGCUCCUGGAGGCUCUACCAGUUCUCCUUUGUGGGGCUGAGGAACACCUCUGAGAUUGUCAGGACUGUCUCAGGAGACUAUGUGGUGCUGACCGUCUUCUUUGACCUGAGCAGGAGAAUGGGCUACUUCACCAUUCAGACCUACAUCCCCUGCACCCUGAUUGUUGUCCUCUCCUGGGUUUCAUUCUGGAUCAACAAGGAUGCAGUACCUGCUAGGACAUCAUUAGGCAUCACCACUGUGCUGACCAUGACUACGCUGAGUACUAUUGCCAGGAAAUCCCUUCCAAAAGUUUCCUAUGUGACUGCGAUGGACCUUUUUGUCUCUGUCUGCUUCAUCUUUGUCUUCGCCGCACUUAUAGAGUAUGGCACUCUGCACUACUUUGUCAGCAACAGGAAGCCGAGUGCCAAAAAGGACAAGAAGAAGAAAAACCCGCUCCUCCGGCUCUUUUCCUCAAAGCAGACACCCACGGUAGACAUCCGUCCACGCUCGGCAACGGCCAUUCAGAUGAACAACGCCACGCACAUGCAGGAGCGAGACGAAGAGUACGGUUACGAGUGUCUGGACGGGAAGGACUGCACCAGCUUCUUCUGCUGUUUCGAAGACUGCCGCUCCGGAGCCUGGCGGCACGGCAGGUUGCACAUCCGCAUCGCCAAGAUAGACUCGUAUGCACGCAUCUUCUUCCCCACUGCAUUUGGUCUCUUCAACCUGGUCUACUGGGUCUCCUAUCUCUAUCUCUAGGCCUGGGUGUGUAUCCAGCCUUAUCAUACAGCUCGUUACAUUCUGCAUAUGCUCUGUGCCAGCAAGGGACAUUUUGAAGGCGGGGACCCACUGAAAUACCCACUGAUCUGAUUCUAAGCAUUUCCUUGAAUUCCUUAGUUUCAAUCUCUUUUAGUCAUUUUAUUUGAUAACUUUGACAGACACUGCAAAUGUUGUAGCACUACAUUUAACUGGUAUGAGGAGGUUUGUAGAUGUGUUGUGAAAACAUUGAUUGUGUGAGCAAUUUAUAAGUUUUGUUGUUGUUCUCAUGAUAAUUAUGGACUUUUUAUUUGGAACAUCCUCUUCAUUUCCUCAAGUGGAUUUUUAAAAUUUGCUUUAUUUUUUAGACAAAUGCAUUCCUUCCGUAGAAAGCAAUUUAAAUAAACAGCAAUUCAGAUAGCAGCAAACAGUGAUCAGAAAAGACUAAAAUGACAUUAAUUACAUCUUAUCAUUUUUAUCUCUUGUAUUUUUCACUCUACACACUAAAACACAAAAUCUGAAGCACUUUAAUAGAGCUAUGUUAGACAGUGACGCUAAUUUAUUUUUAAUUUAUUUUGCUUAAGAGUUGGCACAAUUUAACAUUUUUCAUGUGUGGUCAGAGAGAGAUGAUGCUGUUUAUGGACAAUGCUCAACUGUACAGACACUGUAUAUAUUUUACUAUUACAUAGUGGUUUACAUUUAUUGCAUGCACCUUUCAGGCCAAAAAUCAACAUCUUUUAUGGUCUUCUAUUGUUGGCUAUGGAAAAAAUGAGCACUGUUGAUUAUCAUUGAAGAUUUAAUUAUACUAUUUUCUAGAAAAAAUGGAAAAUGAAAUGAUAAAAAAAUGUGCCCAAUUUAUCCUUUUUAGUUGAGGAAUCAUCUUUGCAUACAGGUGGGAGGAUCAGCCCAGAAUUCCAGGCCAGAUAACUGGUUUAAUCGUUUUCCUCACAGCUAUUAGCUUACAGUAUAGACAACUCUGACCUCUCAUCCUCUCCUCCAUUUGCUGUUAAAAGCGUGCAUUUACAUAAUGACACUCUGCUGUUGUAUUUUAGUUAUGCAAGCUUUCACAAGAGAAACUGUACCGAAACAAGUUAGGCUUUCUUUUGAAAACAAAUCAUUUUUGCCCUUAACAUUAGCAGAGUGCUAACUGCAACUGUGUAACCAGCGAGUGAGUUUCAAAUAGAGGAGUACAAACUAAUCUACACUUUAAUGUGAAUAUCAAUACAGACAGCUGUUGGGUUUUUUAAAAUUCCUGCAGUGGGACGGGGUUAAUUCUAUGUGUCAUUCUUCUAAGAUGAGCAAACAAACAAAAAAAGCCUGAAAAAAAUAUGAAUUGAUAUCAAAUGAACUUAAGAGCUUCAUUCAAGUAAAAAAAAACAUCUGCUUGUGUCAAGAAAAGCUGUGUAAGCCUUAUUAUCAAGCAUCUCACUUCCCGUCUCUUUGAGAGAAAACGCAUUAAGAAUGUAAAUUAUUACAUAGUGAGGAAAUUGAUUCACUGGCUGGGCAGAAUUUCAUUAUUCUUAUUUUUUUUUUUACUUUUGUUGCAUUAAAAUUAGCUUUGAAUGCCGUAUGUUGAGUGACAAGAGCGGAAAACACAGAAAACACAGUAUCUGAAUUGUAAAUGUUGUGUAUGAUAAUAUGUUAACGCACACGAAUUACAACCCCUUACAGAUCACAAUUUUGAUAGACACCAGUAUGCAACAAAUGGAGAAAGUGCUUCAGUAUGAUUUGUAAACUCACAAGAAAUAUGGGUGUAAAUCACAUUGUUUAUGUACAUAAAUUAUGAACGGAGUAAAACACUCGUCAAGCCCUUGGGAUUUUGUAAAAGGGUAUAUAUUUUGUAAUUUCAGCAUUGUUACAGUAUAUCAUCAUACAGUAUAUUAGACUUAUUGUAUUAUGCUGGACUGACCAUGUAGAAUACUUUGGGGUA